GCGGGGCCUUUCCCGGAAGUGGGCGGGGCCGGGCACGGCAUGGAGGCCGAGUUGGAGCUGGGCGAGGGCGCGCGCCGGGGGCCCCCCGCGGUGGCAAAGAUGGGUCGGCGAGCUCGCCAGGAUUCCUUUCCAGAUGAAAAUCAUCUCAGCAGGAAGAAUUCCUCUACAACUUCGAUAGGCGAGGGCCCCCCACCUAAACCUGCACGCCGGCACGGAGGUUGGGCAGAGGAUCCUGUAAUGGCACCUUCCAAGUCAGGAAGGAAACAUGCAGAAGAAGUAGAAGACCACCGCCUCAGGCAGCAAAGCUUGGAGGGAUCAGAUGAUGGUGGAGAUAUUCCAGUGAUACCUGACUUGGAGGAAGUGCAGGAAGAAGACCUUGCCAUGCAAGUAGCAGCACCACCCAGUAUCCAGGUGAACAGGGUGCUGACCUACCGUGACCUGGACAAUGACCUCAUGAAGUACGCUGCCUUCCAGACCCUGGAUGGAGAAACUGACCUGAAGCUCCUCACCAAAGUUUUGGCUCCCGAACAGGAAGUACGAGAGGAUGACAUCUGCUGGGACUGGGACCAUCUCUACACAGAGGUAUCCUCAGAACUUGUGACGGAGUGGGACCUGGGGCAGUCUGAGAGGGAGGAGCCCCUCAGCCUGUCCUAGAACAGCAGAGUGUUGGCUGCCUAUCACUCCAGCCCUACACCCUCCACUACUGUAUAUAAUUAGCACUUGUUAUUUUUUAUCAACUGUUUUUGUUUGAGGAAAUAUUCCACAUAAACAAGGUGA